CUUCAUGUGAAAAACUCUGAAACAUGGACGUUCUGAAGCUGGUUCUGCUCCUGAGCUUCAGCCAAGUGUCUGGUUUCCUCAUCACUGUCGCCCCCUGGAGGUUUUGUCUCACGACACAAAGUCAGGUCAUCAUUCUGGGACGGUGUGAUGUCACUAACCCCGCCUACCAGUGGGCGUGGACAGGUGGGGGCAGACUGGUCCACACUCAGUCCUCCAGGUGUCUCUGGGCCAAUGGGAGCCCUCAGCUGCCCCCCCACACCCGCCUCACCAAACUCAGCGCCUGCAGCAGAGCGCCGGGGUGGAGCUGCACCGAGGGAGCGCUUGGAUUGGCUGAGACACACCACAUGUACCUGAAGACAAUGGGGUCACGCGUGGUGGUUGAAGGAACCCUGCAGGCGUCUGGGUGGAGGGGGUCCGGGUGGAGGAGGUUCGAUGUGGACUAUGAAGGAAACGAGCUGCUGACAUCGUUAUGUCCCGACACAGACUCCGCCCACUUCUAUUCGUCCACACGUGAACUGCAACAACGUCCUGCGACCACAGAAUCAACACACAACCACAUAGUCAGAAGAUGUGUGACCGCCCGAAACAUCACUGACUCACAUGUCACAGACUCACAUGUCACAGACUCACAUGUCACAGACUCACAUGUCAUUGACUCACAUGUCACAGACUCACAUGUCACAGACUCACAUGUCACAGACUCAAACAUCAUACAUGCCAUGGACUCACAUGUCACAGACUCACAUGUCACAGACUCAAACGUCAUACAUGCCAUGGACUCAUAUGUCACUGCUCCACCUGUCACAGCCUCAAACGUCAUACAUGUCAUGGACUCACAUGUCAUGGACUCACAUGUCACAGACUCACAUGUCACAGACUCACAUGUCACAGACUCACAUGUCACAGACUCGAAUGUCAUUGACUCACAUGUCACAGACUCACAUGUCACAGACUCGAAUGUCAUGGACUCACAUGUCACAGACUCACAUGUCACAGACUCACAUGUCACAGACUCGAAUGUCAUGGACUCACAUGUCACAGACUCACAUGUCACAGACUCACAUGUCACAGACUCGAAUGUCAUGGACUCACAUGUCACAGACUCACAUGUCACAGACUCACAUGUCACAGACUCACAUGUCACAGACUCGAAUGUCAUUGACUCAUAUGUCACUGCCCCAGCAGUCACAGACUCACAUGUCACAGACUCACAUGUCACAGCCUCACAUGUCAUGGACUCACAUGUCACAGACUUGAAUGUCACAGAUUCACAUGUCAUGGACUCACAUGUCAUGGACUCACAUGUCAUGGACUCACAUGUCACAGACUCAGAUGUCACGGCCUCACAUGCCACGGCCUCACAUGUCACAAACUCACAUGUCACAGACUCACAUGCCACGGCCUCACAUGUCACAAACUCACAUGUCACAGACUCACAUGCCACGGCCUCACAUGUCACAAACUCACAUGUCACAGACUUACAUGUCACAGCCUCACAUGCAACAGACUCACAAGUCACAGACACACAUGUCACAUACUCACAAGUCACUAACUCACUAGUCACAGACUCACAUUCCACGGACUCAAAUGUCAUAGACUCACAAGUCACUAACUCACAAGUCACAGACUCACAAGUCACAGACACACAUGUCACAGACUCACAUGCCACGGACUCACAAGUCACAGACCCACAAGUCACUAACUCACUAGUCACAGACACACAUGUCACAGACUCACAUGCCACGGACUGCCAAGUCACAGACCCACAAGUCACUAACUCACUAGUCACAGACUCACAUUCCACGGACUCAAAUGUCCCAGACUCACAAGUCACUAACUCACAAGUCACAGACUCACAUUCCACAGACUCACAAGUCACAGACUCACAAGUCACAGACUCACAUGCCACAGACUCACAUGUCACAGACUCACAAGUCACUAACUCACAAGUCAUAGACUCAAAUGUCACAGACUCACAAGUCACAGACUCACAUUCCACAGACUCACAAGUCACAGACUCACAAGUCACAGACUCACAUGCCACAGAAUCACAUGCCACAGACUCACACGUGUCGGACUCAGUAACCAGCAGAGCUUGGACGGAUGUGGUCCCGGAGGUGUCACAGACCCGGAGGUCGGUUACAGGUUUAACUUCUGAGGUUUCGACGUCAGUCGCAGCGAUGUCGUCUUCUAACGGUCGGACGGAGGUCACCACGGAGACGACCACGGGCACGUCACAGAGUCCUUCGUGGACAAACGUCCCCGAUCGAGGGACUGACGCAAGCACGUCCUUCACAGGUCUCACCUUCAACUAUGACGACACGACUGAAGCUCCAUCAAGACAACAAGCUUCCACUUCCACCAUGGAGAUGCAUUCUCCAGCCAUGCCAACCUUCUCCCAGAAUGCACCUGGAGUUACGUUCAUGCUAGAGACAGAAAGCUCGGCGAGCUCCACCCCUACAGACAUGUCGGCUCUGCCCACUUCUCCAACGUCUGCGAGUAUCACAACCUCAGACCCAAUGGUCCCGCCCACAAGUCCGACAAACACCCGCAUCGCCACCGCCACAUCCGUCACCACGGAAACCAUGAUGACGACCAUCCAAACCAUGCAUGUCACCACGUCUGUCUCCAUGGAAACCAUCCACACCAAACCCCCCACCAUCACUAGAGCCACUGCAAUAAUGACCACUCGUCCAAUCACGACAGAGCUCAGCUCAGCUCCACCUACGGUUUCCCGCUGCUCAGUGAUCGUGAGUGAGGUCGGCUCUGGUUCUCACUGGGCGGAGCUGGGACUGACCACUGGGGGUGUGUCCUGUAACUUUAGCGUGGUUAACGGGGAGGAGUCCAGUGACUGUGACGCCUUUGGAGAAAACGACUUCCUUUGUCGGUUGGAAGAUCUGGAACCUGGAACUUUGUAUGAGUUAACGGUGAUUUCAAGGAAGGACGGCGAGAAGAGCAACAAGUCCGUACGUACAGAACCCGUCGGCCCGGCUCGUCUGGAGGUCCGGCUGGACCAGGUCCCUGAUGGUUCUUUGGGUCUGACGGUGAUGUGGUCUCGCUCUGCCGGUCAUGUGGACUGGUACGAUGUGAGUCUGGAGGACAGCAGCUCUGGAUCCAGGACCAGGACCAGGAUCCUGGACUCGGCGGUCCCUCGGUCGGGGUUCAGCUCGCUGCUUCCUGGUUCUCUGUACGCGGUCAGCGUCGUGGCAACGGCCGGGAACAAGAGCGCUGCACCUGUCGUUACCACGGCAACGACAGCUCCCUCCUCUGUCCGCGGCCUCCAGGUGGCGUCCUCGUCCUUACACAGCCUGGGGGUGUCCUGGCGGGCGGGUCCGGGCAGAACCGAGCAGUUUGUGGUUCUGCUGACGGAUCAGGACGAGGUUCUGUUGAAGAACGUCUCUCUACACAACACAGAGACGUCAGCUGAGAUGGACGGUCUGCAGCCGGGGACCCGCUACACCGUCAGCGUGGUGACACAGGCUGUCGGCCUGCAGAGCUCCGCCUCCAUACAGGCUGUCACAGUUCCUGCAGCUGUGACUCGUCUGACACUCGACAACAACAGCAGCUGCGUCACGCUGCUCGCCUCCUGGCGCUCACCUGUAGGGGGCGUGGACCUCUACUUGCUUACCCUUUCUGCUCUGGGAUCAGCGGUGCAGCAGCGCCGCCUCCCGCCCGACGUCACUCGGGUGGUGUUCGGCGGCCUGACGCCCGGACGCAGCUACCAGCUGUCAAUCAAGAGCACAGCCGGAGGUCAGAGUACGGAGACCGGGACCAGAGGGAGAACCGUCCCUCGCCCAGUGUCGUCUCUCUCCAUGUCUCCUCUCGGUGACGGCAGGUCACUGAGGCUCAACUGGGCGCCCCCCUCAGGAGACUGGGAGAACUACAGCGUUCUGCUGUGGAAUGACUCGGUGGUUCUGGUGAACGUCACUGUGAAUAAACUGAGCGUUCAGUUUGUCUUCUCCGUCCCCGGCCUGGUGCCAGGACGCCUCUACAGGGCAGAGGUCACGGUUCAGAGUGGCGUUAUGGUUAAUACGGCCUUCUGUUAUGGACAGCUGGCUCCUCGUCCGGUGCAGCAGCUUCUCGUCCGUCACGUGGAUCAAACGUCUCUGAGCGUCCUGUGGACUCCACCCAUCGGCCAGUGGGAGGGCUUCACUGUGCUCGUCAGGGAAGCAGACUCCGCCUCCGAGGUGGCUCAAAGGCUCCUCCCCUGGGAUUCCACAGAGUGCACCUUCAUCCUCCUGACGUCUGGACGCCGCUACACCGUCACCGUGAAGACCAACAGCAGAAACCUGAGCAGCUCGGCCUCUGUGACGGCUCGGACAGCUCCGGCGCAGGUCGGCGUGCUGAGGCUCUCUAACCUUGGAACCAUCGACAGCCUUCAGGCUCUGUGGGAACGAGCGUAUGGAGAUCUGGACUCGUACCGUCUCCUGCUCGUCCACGACACCAGCGUCAUCAAGAAUGAGAGCGUGGACGCCAACUCCACCGCCGUCACCUUCCACGCUCUCAGAGCCGGAGCGCUGUACCGUGUUGUGUUGACCACGGUCAGAGCCGGACACGCCUCCAGACAGACAGUGGCAGAGGGACGCACCGUCCCAGCUGCCGUGGGCGAGGUGACGGUCAGUAAUAAUGGUCGUACAGAUUUUCUCAGCGUGUCGUGGCGCCCAGCGGCCGGUGAGGUGGACAGUUACCUGGUGACUCUGAGGGACCGGGAGAAGCCAGUUCACACGCUGGCUGUGUCCAAGUCCAGUCCCGAGUGUGUCUUUAACUCGCUGGUGUCCGGACGACUCUACAACAUCUCCAUCAGCUCGCGCAGCGGCAACUACCUCAACCACACCUUCGUCCAGGAAAGGACGCAGCCGUCAAAGGUCCAGAACCCGACGGCGAGCCACGCUGCCCGGGACGACUACCUGAGGAUUUACUGGCGUCAUGCGGCCGGAGACCUGGACCAGUACCAGGUGUUCAUCAAACACAACAAUGUGUUCCUGCAGAACCAGACGGUGCUGAAGACGCAGAACGAGUGCGUGUUUAACCACCUGGUGCCUGGCCGACUCUACACCGUGCUGGUUAACACCCGCAGUGGGAAAUACGAAACCAGCACCUCGACCCACGGCCGCACGUUUCCAGCGGGGGUGCGUUUCCUGGCGCUAGCUGCAGGGGGCAGCGAGGAGCUGAGGGUGAGGUGGUCGGCCGCUCUGGGGGACGUGGAUCACUACGAGGUGCAGCUGCUGUUUAACGACAUGAAGGUGUUUCCUCCCAUCACGCUCGGCAGCAGCGUGGGCGAGUGUGUCCUGUCGGCGCUCACACCCGGACGUCUUUACAAGAUCCUGGUGUCAACCUUCAGUGGGCCCAACCAGAGAGCCCAGUUUAUAGAAGGCCGCACAGUUCCCAGUACAGUCAAGAACAUCCACGUCAGUAACACUGGAGACAGCAGCAGUUUGCAGGUGAGCUGGACGCCAGGUGAGGGCGACGUGGACAAGUUCUCUGUGUUUCUGUUCAGAGACCGAAGACAGCUGGACGUACGAUGUGUCCUCAAACACCAGAACCAGAUGACCUUUGGCUCCCUGCAGCCUGGACAGACGUAUGACGUGACAGUGCAGUCAGUGAGCGGAGAGCUGGUCAACAACAUCACAGCAUCAGGACGCACAGUCCCCUCAGCGGUGACGGGGCUCCAGGUGGAGAACCUCCACACCACCUGCAUCCUCCAGGUGAGCUGGCAGGAAGCUCUGGGGGUGGCUGACGGAUACAUCCUGCAGGUUCUGGACGACAGAGGCUUCCUGGUGUCCAACUCCUCUCAGGACGCUGCGUGUACCAGCUACAGGUUUCACAGCCUUAUUCCGGGAAAGAAGUACAGAGUCCUGGUCCAGACUACCAGCGGAGGUGUCCGCAGUCCAGCAGUCAGUGCCGAGUCUCGGACACGCCCUGCAGCCGUCACAGACCUGUCCAUUAUGUCCAAUACCACCACCAGUCUGUCUUUCCACUGGUCACCCCCAGAGGGAGACUUUGAGCUGUACGAGAUCCUCUUCUAUCAAGGUGACGAGUCAUUACAGGAGAGACAACGAGUCCAGUCCAGCAGUCAGCAGUGCGCCUUUCAUGGGCUGACACCCGGCACCCCCUAUAGGGUGGUGGUCCUGACCCACAGCGGAGACCAGAGCAACCAGACCUCCAUCUGGGCCCGCACAGUCCCAGCAGCUGUUGUCUCUCUGACGACUCGCACUGGGAACCAGUCCGAUGAGUUACUGGUGACGUGGACUCGUGGCCCCGGUGACCUGAGCGGCCUCCUUCUGUCUCUCUAUGAUCCCAGCGGCUCACGGCGAGCUGCGCAGCAUCUGGGGUCAGAGGUCACAGAGUACGUCUUCUCACAUCUGGUCCCAGGACGCCUGUACCGAGCUGAGGUCCUGAGUCUGAGCGGAGACCUAAGCAACCGGGCGUCCGCCGCGGGCCGGACCGCUCCCAGACCUCCCACUUCCUUCCUGUUUGGGGGGGUCACCAACACGUCGCUGGAGAUCACGUGGAGCGGCCCGGCAGGUUCUGACUAUGACGACUUCGACCUGCAGUGGACCCCCGGGGACCAGCUGUCCGUCAUCAACCCGUACCACAGCCGCACGUCCGGCAGCCGCCUCCUGAGGAGCAUGUUCCCCGGGCGACUCUACACCUUCAUCCUCCGCACGGUCAGCGGGGCCACGGGGCCCGGGGCCACGCCCACCCUCAGCACACCCAUCCAAUACAGCAUCCGAACCAAACCAGAGCGAGUCCCCAGCCUCCACUGUCGCCCUCAGAGCUCCACCUCCAUCUCCUGCUCGUGGGCGCCUCCGGUGGCCGACUAUGACUCUUACACCGUCGAGUGUCUCCGUCAUGACUCCCAGAAGCUGGUCUACUCCAGGCGCACUGGGCGAAACUCCACCACCUACAUCAUUCCCCAGCUGGAGCCCUACAAACGCUACACCGUCUCUGUGAGGGUGAUCUCAGACACAACGACGAGUGAGGAGGCCGAGGACAGCGUGGUCACCAUGAUCGACAGUCCCCCGGCCCCCCCGCUCAGUGUCCGGGUCAGUGAUAAGUCCGCUGUGGUCACCAGGUCGUCCAUCGUCUUCACGUUUAACUGCAGCUGGUUCAGUGACGUCAACGGAGCCAUCAGGUUCUUCACUGUGGUGGUGACGGAGUCCGAAGGUCUUGAUAACGUGCAGCCGCAGCAGCAGCAUCCUCUGCCCUCCUACCUGGACUACAGGUCCAACAGCUCCAUCAAGUCCUACCAGACCAGUUACUUCCCCAGUCCCUGCACCCAGGGCCCCGUCGAACACCACAGCCUUCAGAUCAGUUUGGGGAUGGGGAUGGACUCGCUGGGGGGGACCUGUGACCCAGAGGCCAGCAGAAACCUGAUCCACUUCUGUGAUGGACCACUGAAACCUCAGACCUCCUACAGACUCAGUGUUCGAGCUUUCACUCAUCUGUUCGACGACGAGAAGAGCGACUCCAGCGUCUCGUCUCCUCUGUUCGCUGACACGUACCUGUCGCUGCCCGUGGUCACGGAGGCAGAACCUCUGAGCGGCGUCAUCGAGGGCGUCAGCACCGGACUGGUCCUCAUCGUCCUGAUGGUCGGAAUCACCGCUCUGCUCGCCUGCAGAUACAAGUGUCCCAAAGUAGUUGAGGAUGGUGCGCUCGUCAGAGAGAGAGAGAUGACAGGAGUUCAUCCGGGGGUCAGAGGCCACCGUCGCAGCUCAAGUCCCAUCAAGGUCACAAACUUUGAGUCUCACUACCACCACCUGCUGGCCGACUCCCAGUACCUUCUGUCCGAGGAGUACGAGGACCUGAAGGACGUCGGUCGUAAUCAACUUAUGGACUCUGCUCUGCUGCCGGAGAACCGUGGGAAAAACCGCUACAACAACAUCCUGCCCUACGACUCCACGAGGGUCAAACUGUCCUACGUAGAUGAUGAUCCCUGCUCCGACUACAUCAACGCCAGCUACAUCCCGGGUAACAACUUCCGUCGGGAGUACGUCGCCACUCAGGGGCCUCUGCCUGGGACCAAAGAUGAUUUCUGGAAGAUGGUUUGGGAGCAGAACGUCCACAACGUGGUGAUGGUCACUCAGUGUGUAGAGAAAGGACGGGUGAAGUGUGAUCACUACUGGCCUUUUGACCAGGAUCCUCUGUACUAUGGAGAUCUGAUCGUGCAGAUGUUGUCAGAGUCGGUUCUGCCCGAGUGGACCAUCAGAGAGUUCCACAUCUGCAGCGAGGAUCAGCUGAGCGUCACUCGUCUGCUCCGUCAGUUCCACUUCACCGUGUGGCCGGAUCAUGGAGUUCCAGACACCACUCAGUCCCUGGUGCAGUUUGUCAGAACCGUCAGAGACUAUGUCACCAGAACUGGAUCCAGAUCAGGACCUACUGUGGUCCACUGCAGUGCUGGUGUGGGUCGCACAGGGACCUUCAUCGUUCUGGAUCGAGUUCUGCAGCAGCUGGACACCAAGGACACACUAGAUAUCUACGGCUCUGUGUUUGACCUGAGACUCCAUCGAUCCCACAUGGUGCAGACUGAGUGUCAGUACUCCUACCUGCACCAGUGUGUACGAGACGUUCUGAGAGCCAGGAAGCUUCGCAGUGAGCAGGAGAAACUUUUCUGUCCCAUCUACGAAAACUACAGCAGAGAGACGCUGAACUCCAGACGUUGAAGAUUUAAAGACGACAGAUGAGAAGCUUCAGGGAAACACAGCGAUUCUAUUUUUAUAUCCAUCUUUAUAUUAUAACGAUAAUUUAAGAGUUGUACAUGUUUCUGUGUACACAUAUCUCUCUGUAGAUUAUUAUAUGAUGUUCGAUUAUCAGUCUUUAUCAGUCAUGUGUUUGACAUAUGAUGAAUCACAGAAAAUGAUCAUCUUCUACUGCCCCCAUGUGGCUGUAAGAUGUCAGAGCAGCCUCCUCUCAGUUGAACCUGAGCCACAUAUUUUACACAUGAAAUGAUUCUGUCAUCACGUUUAUCACAGAUGUGAUUUUACAGAAGUUGACUGGAUGUAAUGUGCAUGAUGUGUAAUCACUUCAUUAAACCACAGACUCUGAUUAUUCA